AUGCGUUGGUUUGCAUGGCUCAUCAUCAUCAUCCUGCUCGCCCUCCUCGCCUACGCCGGCUGGAUUGUCUACUCUCAGAUACGCGCCCGACGAGCCGGCCUUCCGCCGCCGCCAUGGAAGUCAUACAUACCAUUCAUGUCCACUCCGGCAUCGACGUUCGGGGACAGCAAUUACCCUACUCCUCGAAGCGGUGGGAUCGCAGGCUGGUUUAAAGACAGAAUUGCAGCUUUGCGCAAUAAAAGGACGCAUCAGGGAGCGUACGAGGACCAUCUCGAGCCAAGAGCCUAUCGAGGCGCCGGCGGACCUCUCUCCGAACAUGAUGAGCCGUGGGACGCACGCAUGGGUGCUGCUGAACGAGACGGCGGCUUCGGGCCACCUGGAUACUACGAGGAGCAAGAGCUGGAUUUCGCGUCCAGAGGUGGAGCUGCCGGGGCCGGUGCAGGAUACGAUCGAGAGACACAUGCGUAUGGUGGAGCUGCUGCCGCUGCUGGGGAGGAUAGAGGGAGAAGCCGGAGUCGAGACCCGUCGCCCCUAAAGUCGGGACAUGCAGACGAUCCGGAGAACCCAUUCGGUGACCAUGCGGAGGGUAGCAACUUGAGGAGCAUCAGUCCACGACCGGAACCGAAUACCAGAGGCCCAGCAGCUAGCGAGAACCCGUCUUCUGCAAGGAAAGGCGCCUUCAGAGAGUCGUUAUGA